AUGGAUCCUCUCAGCGUUGCAGCAUCAAUUGCAGGCUUGGCCACAGCCGCUGGAGAGGUGACCAAGAUCCUAAAGCCAUACGUCUCUGCCGUCUCCGAGACGGUGCCGCCAAUUGCCCUGCAGGUAUAUGCCGAAGUGGAGAGCACGCAGAUUAUUCUCUCAGCGGUGCAGCGCCUGAUCAACAAUCUGAGCCUCGCGAAAAACACCUCCCUCAUCCAGGUUGAUGAUAUAGUUGCCGUCUUAACCGAUGGAGUGCUUGUGUAUUCAGACCUGGAGGAAGCCAUUGGCGAGCUACGGAUCGAGUUGCCAGCGGAUUCGAUCCCCUUGCGUUCACGACUGAUAUGGGCCCACAAGCAGAGCAAGGUGCACUCCCUUCUGACGAGGCUCCAGGGUUUUAAAUCAUCCACAAGCUUGAUUUUAAAUUUAUUAAACUGCUAUGUUGGGUUUUUCAAGGUGGUAGAGACCCUGGAGUCAAUCUUGGGGGAACUUGUCAAACGAAACAUUCUAAAGAGCGAACGUCUGGGUGAGCAGAUGCCUUCGUACGGCGAUAUGUUCGAGGAUGUGGGAGCCACCGUGAACAGUUUCCUAGACACUGAACGGGGUUUCUUCGAACAGAUGAGGACACUGUUAGCCAUAAAAACCAAGAAGGGUUUUGAGCUCUUCAAUGGUAGCGAGUCUCAAAUCGUGUUCGUGACGCUCUUCAAAAAACGAGAGCCUAAGAGGGCCGGCCGAGUACUCAGCGAUCUGAUGCUCGCCGCGAAUGCUAUUAGGUCGAUCCAAACAGACAUCAAGCAAACUAAAGAAACGAUCCCCUUAGCACUAUUUUUGGUUGAUUUGAACAAUUGGAUGCAGGACUGGGAAGGACAUCAAGUCGAGCAUUUCGGGGACUUAGUCAUGUGCGGAAGAUACCUAAUCCACUUCAAGGGCAAGAAGGAUACAAAACAGUAUCAUCUAUAUCUCUUUGAGAACGUCUUGCUUAUUUGCAAAGAACAGUCGAUGACAGCCGCGAACCCUAAAGGCUCCGAGGAAAGUAACGCCAACCUACCCAAGUCAAGCCUGGGCAUAGAAGCUGUAAUCUUUCUCUGGGAAAUCAAAGGGCUUUGGCCAUUUGGGGUAGAAGAUUCCUAUCACCUCUACAUAAGAUUGGAACCAAAUGAGUUUUCAGGGAAGUUAAAAAUCUAUUUUUCGAAGGAGAAGGAGAUGAAUGAGUGGAGACACGAGAUCCAUGAGCUGAUCAUACAAAAUGGCCUACGCCGCUUCCUA